GUUCGGGUUGGGGAGAGAUCCUUCUCCUUUAAGAAAGAUCAAACUGUGAUAGAUUCUCCUACAGCUUGUAAAAUCCAUGAGGAGCAGUUGUCUCUGGGUGUGCUACACCACUGGCACCAGAUUCCCCGGGUUGGAUGUCACCUUGUUCCUGAACAUAUUGAGACAAGAGCUCUUUACAACCCUGAUAAACCAGGGAUAGAACAGGGUAAAGUAGAGAUGUGGGUUGAUAUGUUUCCUAUGGAUAUGCCACUUCCCAGUCUUCAAGUUGAUAUAUCACCAAGAAAACCGAGUAACUGGGAGCUACGAGUAAUAAUCUGGAAUACUGAUGAGGUUGUACUCGAAGACGAUGCUUUCUUCAGUGGAGAAAAGAUGAGCGAUAUUUAUGUUAAAGGUUGGUUGAAGGGACCAGAGGAUACACAGGCCACUGAUGUUCAUUAUAGAUCUUUAACAGGGGAAGGAAACUUUAACUGGAGAUUUAUUUUCCCUUUCCAGUAUCUAGCAGCCGAGGAGAAGGUUGUUAUCUCUAAGAAGGAGAGUGUAUUCUCCUGGGAUGAAACUAUUUCUAAGAUUCCUCCCCGGCUAGAUCUUCAAGUGUGGGACGCUGACUCCUUCAGUAAGGAUGAUUUUCUUGGUUCAAUAACCCUUGACCUAAACCGGUUUCCGCGUGGAGCUAAAACCUCUAAACUGUGUACCCUUGAUAUGCUGAAAACAGAUGGGUCUGUUCCUGUUAUUAAUUUGUUUAAACAGAAACGGACGAAAGGCUGGUGGCCUUUCUAUGCAAAGGAUGAAAACGAUGAACUUAUGCUUCAGGGUAAAGUUGAAGCUGAGCUGAUAAUGUUAACUGCUGAGGAAGCUGAGAAGGCUCCAGCUGGUCUGGGUAGAGAAGAUCCUAACGGUCUAGAGAAACCUACUCGUCCUGACGCUUCGUUCAUGUGGUUUCUGAAUCCUCUGAAAUCCAUCAGAUAUAUCAUCUGGCACAAUCAUAAGUGGACAAUCCUUAAAAUCCUUGGAAUCCUCUUCUUUAGUCUCUUCCUCAUUCUUUUCUUCUACUCUCUUCCAGGAUAUACUAUUAAGAAGAUGCUGAAUGCUUAACCUACUGUUCCCCUCUAUCUACCAACCAUUCUUUAUAUCACCAAGGAUUGUAAAAACAAGGAGAGUUGAUUUAUCUCUCCUUAUUUUAACAAUCCUUGGCUCUAACCAUAUAUGUGAUCUAAAACAUAUUAUUAUGCAUAUCAAUAUUUAUAUCAAUUAAUAUCAUCAUCUAACAUGUUACCUAUAUAAAUAAAUAUAAUCGGAAUC